AUGAAGUUCACCGCUGCUUUCCUCCUGGCUCUCCCUGCCAUGGCUCUCGCCAAGCCCGCUCACUCCCACUCCCACUCUUCCUCGGCCAUCCCAACCCCUUCCUCUUCCGCCAUCCCAUCACCCUCAUCGACUCCCUCAUCGACUCCCGUCCCAGCUAUUACCGUGUGCAACAGCCAGGCCGGCCCUUACACACGGUACUGCCCUCAGUGCCUGUCGCAAUGCUCCAGUCGAACCGGUGAGAGUGAGGAGCAGUGCUACUGGUCUGUUUUCAUGACCAUCAACUCUAUUCAGAGCCAGUGCGAGGCCAUGGGCGGUAACAACUGCGCCGAUCAGGCUGUGAAUGACGUCUGCAAGUAA